AUGUCCCGACAUGAAGGUGAGCGCCCCCCCUCCCGUCCCCCCGCCGGGCCUCGGCCUACCCUCCCGGGCCGCGCGCCACGGGGGGCGGCCGGCCGGAGGCGGCGGGGACGGCGGCCGGGCCAGCCGGCCCCGAAACGCCCGGCCCGGGAGCGAGCGGGCCCGGCGGAGAGCCCGGCGCCUCCGCGGUGGCCGCCGCGGCCCGGCCGGGAGCUGGGCCUGGAGCCGGAGGCGGGGCGGCGGGCCGGCGGAGGGUUUGCACUGUCAUGGGGAGGGGGAGGGGAGGCGCGGGGCCCGUUACCGGCGGGGGCCCGGCCCCGGGAGCGGAUACCGGACGCCGCGGGGCCGCCCGGCCGGUGCCGGAGCCGUGGGCCCCGCCGCGGCCUAGCGCGCCCGCCACCCCGGAAGGGCCCGGCGCGGCCGCCGCCGAACAGGCCACCGGCGGAGGCGGGAGGCCGGGGAGCCCGGCCCGGGAUCGGCGGGCGCGUCCGGUCGCCGGGAGACGACAGCGAGGGACCCUGCGUGCGGGAGGCGGCGGGGCGGCGGGAAGGCGCCGCGGCCGGGGACCGAGAGAGCCCCGCCGCCGCCGGCCUCGCGGCUAGGCCUCGGCGCGGCCCUGGGCUCGGGUAA